AGGAGUGUUACUGACAGAGAAGAGGUGGCUAGACUCACUGCAAAGUGUGCCUCGCAGGAUCAGAGAUUGGCUGAAGAACUGACUGCCCUCAGUCAGAAACACUCCACCGAACUCAACCAAUUGAGGUCACAGCUAUCAAAGAUGGCGAGGGACAAUUCACCAGCACUGAAACAGACGGAAACAAAGUGUGGAGCUCGUCUGGAGGGGAACCAAAAAUCACUGGAAGAGAUACUAAGACCUGCUAGGGGAAUGCCCACUGCCAGUGGGCUUUCACAUCAUCUCACCCGCAAUGGAUCUACUAGAGAGAAGGCUACUCACACACCCACCCUCUGACAGCUCACCACACAACCCAACACAACAAACCUUCAACAUUCUCCACACCAAUAACGCUCCCUACGACAGGGUCAUCCCCUCUCCCUCAAACCUCCUUACCCUCGUCAGCCAUAAUUGGCAAAUUUCUACAGGAGACUGACAGAAUUAUAUCGUGCAAGAGCUCGCCAACUCUAAACCCCCCACGAAGAAAUACUAAAACUCCUCCAGAACUGAAAGUUCAGUAUCAAUCACAGCAGGGAAGUGUGGUGUCAGAAUCUCUUCCUUUUCCUCUUACUACCACCUCCUCUACUGGAUACACUGAUGGUGAAGGAUUUGUACCACUACAGCCUGUCAGUCGUUCUGAAGCUAGUAGAGAUCCUACAGCUAGAACAAUUUCAUCUGCAGCUGGAGAUGUGCAUUCAAGAGGCGGAGAGGAAAAUAGAGAGAAAGAGAGAGGGGGAGGCAGAGAGGGAAGGAGGUUAGAGAGGGAAGAGAGCAGUUGUGAGCCUCAGGAACUCGAGGAAAUGUUUUCCAAGACUCUGGACAGUAUAGUGGACCGUCAUUUCCACCAGUUGGACACUUCACUGAGAAAACUUAUGACCAAAGAAUCAUGACGUCUUAACUUGACCUUCACCACAAUAACUCAUGCAAUCUAUAUUAUUUUCACUGCAUAAUUAUAAUAGUCUUGACACGUGUAAACAGAUAAAGGAGAACAUUAUUGGCAACCAAAAAAUGCUAUAAUAGUGCAAGUUAAUUAUGGCAAUGAUCAAAACAGGGAAGUGUGUGUGUGUGUG